GGAGCCGUGCACCCCGGGCGGCCAGAAGGACAGACUGGCAGUAGAGCGGAUUGACAGGCAGCAGGGCAGCCCUAGGUCCGGGCAGAGUUGGCGGGUGAACGUGGCUACAGCGGCGCGGGAGGGGACACUCGGGCGUCCCGAGGCGCCGGGAUGUGGAACGGCCCAUCUCAACCAGACGAGGGCCUCCCUGUGGGCCUCUCAGCUGUCUCAGUCCCAGUCCCCUGGAAGAACGUGGGCCCCUGCAAAGGCCACAGAGGAUCCCCUGCAGGCCUGGUGGAGGCCUCUGCAGGGGAGGAGGCCCAAGGUGAGGCAUGCCCUCCGGGUGCUCUGCUGGACGUGGCACGCUUGCGCAGUUCCUCCAUGGAGAUCCGAGAGAAGGGCUCAGAGUUCUUGAAGGAGGAACUGUACAAAGCCCAGAAGGAGCUAAAGCUGAAGGACGAGGAGUGUGAGCGGCUCUGCAAGGUGCGUGAGCAGCUGGAGCAGGAGCUGGAGGAGCUCACUGCUAGUCUGUUUGAGGAAGCUCACAAGAUGGUUCGGGAAGCCAACAUGAAGCAGGCAGCAUCAGAAAAGCAGCUGAAGGAGGCUUGGGGCAAGAUUGACAUGCUGCAGGCGGAGGUGACAGCCUUGAAGACACUGGUCAUUACAUCCACACCAGCCUCUCCCAACCGUGAGCUACACCCACAGCUGCUGAGUCCCACCAAGGCCGGGCCCCGAAAGGGCCAUUCUCGCCAUAAGAGCACCAGCAGUAGCCUCUGCCCCAUCGUGUGCCCUGCCACAGGCCGUAUCCCUACCCCAGACAAAGACGGCAAGGAGCCCUGGCUGCCCCCUCUACUCUCCUUGCUCUUCUGCGUGAUCCCCAGCAAGGCCAUCCACCUCACCUACGAGCCCGCCUGGCAGCCCCCAUCUGGGGAGCCGCCCACAGCCCCCAACUCUGCUACCUCUCUCUCCUUUUCCCGACAGGUGGAUACAACCCUGUUUGCAGAGUUCCAGGCUUGGAGGGCAUCACCCACCCUGGACAAGAACAGCCCCUUCUUGGAAAGGGUGUACCGGGAAGACGUGGGCCCCUGCCUGGACUUCACAAUGCAGGAGCUCUCAUCUCUGGUGCGGGCUGCUGUGGAGGACAACACACUCACCAUUGAGCCUGUGGCUUCACAGACUCUGCCCACUGUGAAAGCGCCCACCGUCGAAUGCAGCAACACCAACACGUGUGCCCUGAGCGGGCUGGCCCGUACCUGCCACCACCGUAUCCGGCUUGGGGACUCUGAGAGCCACUACUACAUUUCGCCAUCCUCCCGGGCCAGGAUCACCGCUGUGUGCAACUUCUUCACCUACAUCCGCUACAUCCAGCAAGGCCUGGUUCGGCAGGAUGUGGAGCCGAUGUUUUGGGAGAUCAUGAGGCUACGGAAGGGGAUGUCAUUGGCCAAGCUUGGCUUCUUCCCCCAGGAGGCCUAGGGCACAGCCCCAGGUCUGAAGUGGACUCUGAGCUGGAGGAAACACCUACCUCAGGACCAACAAGAAGUCCUGUAGCCAGGUCCAAGCAAGAAGCUGAAAAGGACAGAUCCAUAGCCAGGUCUUGGAGGACCCACUGAGCCAGUACCAAUCAUUCUGGGACAGACAUCAAGGGACAGCCUGGCCUAUGGCUCUGUCUUGCCUACCAGGCUCUGAGGCCAUCAAGAGAAUUUCAAGAAAGCACCAAAGACCAAGUUGCUCAGAGCUAUAUUCAGAGGUGGCUCAGCCCUGGGGAGGAGACCUGAGCAGCCAGCACCCCUCCACCUCCUGAUGCUGCCCUGUCUUCAGAAAAGGACUGUCUUGGGGGUAGCUGAAUCUCCAGGCUAUUCCAGCGCAGCCUCCAAACCCUGGGCCACCAGCACCCCCUUGUGGCCAUCUCUCACUCUGUUCCCAGGUAACCUCUGUGUUGGACUGCCCUGAUGGAAGGGCCUCCAGGGUGUCUCCUGUCUGAACAAAGUGGAAAACUGCCUCAAAAUUCUCUGAGGAUGAGUCCAAGACCCCUCCUCCAUUCCUCUGCAUAAAGGCUUCCGUGUGCCAUCCCUCUCCACCUCAGUCCCAGCUCCAGGGGACCUGUUCCCAAAAAUCCUGGGGGACUGAGAUGCCUUCUUCCCACCAAGGGGACUUCAGGGCACAGCUGUACACAGCCAUUCACAUAGUAUAGGCCUUGUAUGUGGAGCUGGAUGGAGUAGGCAGGCCAUGCAGGACUUGGGCCCUGUCUUACCCAUCACAGCCCACUUGGAACUGGGCUUAGGGGAUCCAACCUGGACACAUCCUUCACCAUGCCCCUAUUUCUUUCUCUGAGUGGAAUGUAACACAAUCUCUAUUUAAUAAAGGAAGGCUUUGUUGGUAGGAGCUAGGCAGUCAUGGCUUUUGCUCCUGCACUCUGGGGCUCUGGCCAGGACUUGGGCAUCUGAAGGAAUGAAACCAAAUCCUUUCCCUGCCCGCCCUCGUGCUUGGGAUUAAACCCAAAUCCUGAAGCCACCCCCACUGCCACUGCCACUUACUUGCUGUUGGGAAGACUGUUGGAGUCGUCCUUAGUGUUCCACAUGGCUGUGGGGGAUUAGAAUGAGGCUGCCUCCCUGAGUUCAGUUCUGUCCUCUGGACAGCCCCCCCCCCAACUAGCCUCAGAGAUGACCUGUUAUCUACUAGAAGCCCGGAGUCAAAGUAUCUAAGCUGCCUGUGGCUUGGCAGGACAGUGAAGGACUGAUUGGUAAUACCUGCCCAUAGAACAGAUGGGAACAACGAGAGCUUUGAACCACCCAGCCCUGAUCUUAAAUGGGUUCUUAGCAAGGGACAGCAGGCAUAGGGACGAAGGUGGGGUGGCCAGGGUCCUUAGUACAAAGUAGGACUAAGGAGGUGUUUUGUGAUUCUUGACCAUGCCCACCUUUGGGCUUUGUGCCUUUCUGGGAGGAGGGCACAGCAGCUUCUGGGUUCAGUCAGAGGUUGGCAAUAGCCUACAGGGAGUUCUUUGUUGGCCUGAGGCCCAGGUACGACUCAGAUGGUAGAGAGAUCAGCCGGGGGCCAGCCUGAGCUCUGUGUAGGUCCUCUGCCUUCUCACCUCUGGCCAGUAGUCUGUUCCCAGGACUCUUCUUCGUUCUCAAAUUCCCUCCCUGUCCCAUCAUGACAUGAAUCCUUCGCAACCUCAGCUCCCAUGGGUGACCACUGACCACACCCCUGUCAUAUUCACUCAUUCACUUAACCAGUACUGGAGUCUCCUCUGUGCUGGACAUGGGCAGUAACAAACACACCAGUAAUGUGUUCAGGUUGCUGGAUGGAGGAACAUAAAAGGCAAAGGAGGAUGUCAGAGAAGGGCUUGUGCAUGCCACAUGGGGUGACUGUGGCAUCCUCUCAUAUCGUACUGUGUCAACCCUGGAUCACCUGGGGACAAAAGAGGAUGAAAACCUGAGCCCUGAACUUGCUCACUCCACUCCCCAACUUCUGUGCUCUAGGCACAGCCACACCUAGGACCAAGAAGAGGACAGAAGACAUUCCAGACGUCCAUGGAGGACCCUCCAUCAUCCCAGACUUAUUCAGCCUGCCCCUGCAAAGCUUUGGCCAUAAUCAGACCCCAGGUGAAGGCAUCAACACAGCCUCAUACCAGCAACAGCAGCUUAUGGCUAAGCACUGACUAUGUGCUAAGCCUGGCUCCAGACCCUCUCAGUGAAUCAAUUAAUUUCAACCUCUUAGCAACUUUAAAACAUGCUAUUCUCCCCCAUGUUACAGAUAAACUCUUGGAGGCAAGAGAGAUCACAAACAGGUCCUGGAGUUAUGGCUUUAGCUCAGUGAUAGGGUGCUUGCCUAGCAAGUGUAAGGCCCUGAGUUUGGUCCCUAGCUCAAGAAAAAAAAAUAAUAAAGACAAAAAUCAUAAAGAGGUCCUAAGGCUCUGAAGCUCAUAGUAUUAACCGAUCUACUAUGUGUUUUGCCAAACACUUGUAGCAUGCUUAGCUUCUUUCUCACUUCAGUUGAUGCAGGAGGUAGAAAUGUAGGUCAGUGGUGGAGAAUUUGUUUAGCAUGCUCAAGCCCUGGGGUUUAAUCCCCAGCACUGAAAAAAAGAAAAAAAGAUACAGAAACAAGAGUCUGAGACAGAGUUGGAAUUCGAAUAUCGUCUUUCCCAGGCCCCGUUCUAUUAGAGUUGCCUUGCUAUUGCAGGCUCUCGAGUAGCUCAAGGCUUUGGCUCUUGGGGCUGACUGGGAAGGGUAGCUGACAUCAGACACAUGGUUGUUCUGAAAUGAAUUUUCUAGAUAAUCUACUUGGGCCUAAAUGUGCUUGGCACAUAGAAAUCAUCUGAGCCCUCCUUGGCUGCUUUUGAGCCAGCCCUGAGUCUGGCCUCAAGGCAUAGAGGCAUUGAACCUGACUGAGCACAGUUUACCAUCUGCCAAGCCUGUCCCGAUUUGAAUCCUGCCAGGGCUGUGACCCUGGGGCAAGUUGAUUUUCUUAUUUGUGAGUUGAGAUAAGUUUUCCAGCCCUGUCUCUGAUAGAUUCAUUCAUUCAAUCAUUCAUUCAUUCUUCAUUCACUUUUGGUGUAUGUGAGUGCACACACACAGUCACUAUUGCAUGUACCAUAUGCUAGCUGGCCCUCAAGCCUCUACAAAUUCUCUUGUCUCUGCUUCCCAUCUUCCCAUAGGAAUUCAGGGAUUAGAUACCUGCACUACUGCAUCAGGCUUUAUAUGGGUUGUGGGGAUCUGAACUCAUGUCGUGAGGCUUGCACAGUAAGUGUUUUACCCACUGAGUCAUCUCAGUGCUUUUUAAAAAAUGCAAUCUCAGGGCUGGAGAGAUGGC